GCGCGGCCCUGCCGCCUCCGCCGAGGGGCAUGGGGGCGAGCGGGGAGCGACCUUUAGAGCCGGUUUGGAGGGAACUGGGGGCGCGGCUCUGGCACAGGUACCAAAAGCCCCUUUCCUCGGCGAUCCUGCGGCAGGUCAUGUACGCGGGGACGGGGCAGGAGCGGGCGGGAGCGAUGCCGCUGCCCCCCUGCCCUCUCGGUACGCGCCUGCACAGGGGCGGACAUUUCCCAUCAAGCCCUUGCCACGGGAUGUCCGAGGGCAUCGCUACCUCCCUGCCACAAAAACAAACCACUCAUCAGCUCCGCUCGGUGUGUGCCAUCGAGAGAAGUCGCCGCGGUGCGAACGGGCACCAUCUGUCCUGCCAUUCCGGGAGACGCAGAUAUAUUUCUUUAGACAGGUCAGCAGUUCUUCCCGGCCAGCCCUGUCAGGCACCUGUCAGGGGAGAAAACCUCUUCAUAGCUGCCGCGGUGGGAUCCUUAUCAGCGGCAGUCCCUUUGCUGACAGGGCCCAGCCUUAAGCUUCGCGCAAAUCACUGUCCUCGGGGGACAGGGGGCUGUCGUUACCGGGGGAUGCCGGUACCGCUCACGACAAAACACGGGAGGGAGGGAGGGAGGACGGCGCGGGGAGCCGGCCCCCAAGAGCCCGUAGGCUGCCCAAGGAAGGCCGGGUGAGCUCUGGAGCAGUGGUUUCCCUCCGGGCCCGAGCCGUCGGGCAGCCACGCUGCCCACCCGCGAAGGGGCGAGGCUCCCGCGGCGCCCACGCGUGCCCGGGGCUCCGCCGCGCCCGGCGGGACAGCGGCGUGGGGAGACCGCGCCGCGGAACCCCCACAGCCACGUGUGUCGAGGCGCUUUCUUUCGAGUGGGGCCAUCGCUCCGUGGCUGACCCAGAGCCCCAGUCACACACUUCGUCCCUACCAAAGUACCGCCUUCUUGCCUCC